AGUGUCCUCUCGGUUGAAAUCAUGUCUCCACCUGGGAAAAUGAGAAAGCCCGAUAUUAAAAUGGUUGUCAUAGGAGACAUGAAUGUAGGGAAAACGUCCCUGCUGCAUAGGUACACAGAGAGAAACUUUAAGGACACUUUGAGCACAAUUGGUGGAGCAUUUUUCUUGAAGCAGUGGGGUCCAUACAACAUCUCCAUCUGGGAUACAGCGGGUCGUGAACAGUUCCAUGGUCUGGGCUCCAUGUAUUGUCGUGGCGCUGCAGCCAUCAUUCUCACGUAUGAUGUCACAAACUGGCAGAGCUUUGUAGAGCUUGAAGAUCGCUUCCUCUCUCUCACUGACUCUGCCAAUAGUGACAGCAUAUUUGCCAUCGUGGGCAACAAAGCAGACCUCACUGACCCUCAAGCCCAAGUUAUGACCCCAGAGGAAGUCAGGGCAGAAGAAGGUAGUGUACUUCCCCUUCCAUCCUGCCCCACACCCCCAGACUUUCCCUUGCACAAACAGGUGAAUCAGGAUGAUGCCAUAGCACUUUACAACCGCAUAAUACGCUAUAAGGCAUUAGAGGGCAUCAGUCCACCAGCAGAGAAGAUGUGCUUCGAGACAAGUGCUAAGACUGGAUUUAAUGUAGACGGUAUGUUCGAAACACUCUUUGAUCUGGUGUUGCCAUCCAUCAUUCAAAAACGCUCCCAAAGUGAGUCACCCACAUUGUGUUUGGAGGACUAUGAUGAAGAGGAGAGGAAGAGUAAAGGGGGCUGUUGCACAUGAGAAUAUUUGCUGAAGAGUGUUUGGAGUCAUGCAUGAACAUCCAUCGGUUUACGGACACUGUUACUUGACAGAACUGUUUACUCGCAUCAAAUCUUGUACGUUGUCACAGUAGCCUCAGCUUUGGCUCAUUAGUGUGUGUGUGUGUGUGUGUGAGUGUGUGUGUGAGAGAGAGUCUCUUUAUAUCUACAAGAUAGUCUUGUUUUUCACAAAUCGAGCACAAGGACUUUGAACUUAAAUUACUCAGUGUUUUAGCCCUCAAGUUGUUUAUGUUCUUCUGAACACAUAGUCUCCCUUUUUACAAAGGUGUCAAAUAUUAACAAACGUUUACUGUUACCAAGCAUACUUUUUUUUAAAUCUUUUUAAAAAUGAUUUUAUUUUAAAUUAACUUGCAGUAAGUAAAUUAUGAAAAUGUGUAUUUAAACUGUUUUAUUGACGUGAUUGU